AUGACACAGUCAAACUACUUGACUGUGUCGAAGCCCCUUACGAAGACUACAAUCCAAAAAAAGGAAAACUUUUGGAAUCUAAUAGCCACUGAAUUGGAAAGCUUAAAAACAAAUAUGACAUCAACUGGAUGCCUUAAAAAGUGGCAAAACCUGUUAAGAACAUACAAGGUGUGCAAAGAUGCAAAGAGUAAAACAGGAAGGGGACCCACCCGUUUUAACUUUUUUGAAAAAAUGGAUGGGUUUUUGGGUAGCCAACCCAACAAUAGUAGCCCACAUUCCAUUGACGUACAGUUACUGGGUGAGGCUAGUACAAGCCAGGCUGAUGAAAUUGAAAAAGAGAAUAAUCCGCCAAUAAAUGAAGUUGUGAAUUCCCAAAAAUGGAGGAAAAAUGCUACACUUGAAUUUGAAUUAUUUUUUCCAGAAAAAAAAUUAUACUUAGAGAGAAAGGAAGAAACUAAACCGGCAUUUCUUCAAGAUAAGCAAAAUUGGAAAAAAGAACAAGGAGAAAGGAGACUUAAGAUUGAGGAGGAAAAAAUAAAGAUUCUAAAAGAGUUACUAAAAUAA